AGGCGACCAAAGCGCAAGGGGACAUGGAGGUUGGCAUGCUGCAGCAGAACCUGCAGGAGGUGCGGCGGCGGCAGGAGGAGUUGGCCGCCCAGAUCGCGGAGAGGCAGGCGUUGUUCGAGAAGCAACUCCAGGAGGCCGCGGCGAAGGCCAAGGACCCGGUCUUCGUGGCCGACAUGUCGGCCAAGCUGCAGAGCAGGUCGAUCUCCGUCGAGGACGUGGAGGCCGUCGACGCCCGCAUGGAGGAGGAGCUCGCGAGCGCCAGCGAGGACAACCGGCUGCUGAUGGAGGAGAUGGAGGCCAUGUCGGAGAGGCUGGACAGCAUGACCCCGUGGACCGUGGUCCCCCCGAGCCAGGGCCGCCGGGCCGCCGUGGCCCAGCCAGAGCCGGAGGACGAAGAACAGCGCCAGGCGAAGGCGUCCGAGGAGAAGGCCGCCCGUGCUGCUCCUGGUGGGCAGGAGCCGUCGGCGCCGGAGCCCGUCGCGGCGGCGGGCGGCCUGGCCGAGGUGGAGCUGCUGGAUGCCGCAGGAGCCGAGGCGGUGCCCACGGCCCGCCGGGCCGAGGCCGAGGCCGAGGCAGAGGCGCCGGAGGCCCGGGCGGCGCCCGCAGCAGGCGAGGCGCAGGAUGCCGCCCAGGCCGAGGUGGAGGCGCCAGAGGCCACAGCGACGGCGGCCGGCGAGGCCGACAAGGCACGGGCAGAAGUGCCGGAGGCCAGGGCAGCGCCCGUGGCCGACGCGGCGCCCGAAGCCGAGGAGGCCGACGCUGCAGCUGCCGCCGGAGAGGCCGACGGAGAGGCGUCAGAGGACGAGGCGGCACCUGCGGCCGACGAGGCUCGGGAGGCCGACGAGGCGCCGCAGCCCGAGGAUGCGCGCGCAGCAGGCGAGGCCGAAGUGAAGGCGCCGAAGCCCUCCGCUGCUCAGGCGGUGGUCGCGGCCGACGAGGCCGAGGCGGCGGCGUCUGCAGCCGACGAGGCUGGGGCUGAGGUGCCGGAGACCGAGGCUGCGGUACCUGUGGUCGGCGAUGCGCAUGAGGCCGACGAGGCGCCACAGACUCAGGCGGCGGCCGAAGCAGGAAACGCCGCAGUGGCGGAGGCGCCCAAGACAGCGGCAGCCGAGGCGGCGGCCGCGGCAGUGGAGGCUGAGGCGGCCGAGUCGGCUGGCGAAGCCAGGGAGGAGGUGCCAGAGUCCAAAGCUGCGCCGGGGGCCGGUGAAGCACAGGACGCCGUACAUGUGCCCGAGGUCGGUGAGGCCGAGGCUGCAGUUGCAACCAACGUGGCCGAGGCAGAGGCGCCAGAGGCUGAGGCGGCACCCACGGCAGACGAGGCGCGGGAAGCCGACGAGGUGUCACAGGCCGAGGUGGCGGCCGCAGCCGGCCAAGCCGAGGUGGAGGCGCCAGAGGCCAGAGUGACCGCGCCCGACGAGGCCGACGCGGCGGUUGCUGCCGACGAGGCAGAGGCAGAAGCGCCAGGGGCCGCGGCAGCACUCCCGGCCGACGCGGAGCCCGAGUCCGAUGAAGCCGAGGGUGCAGACGCAACCGAAGAAGCCGAGGCAGAGGCGCCUCAGCCCGUGGCAGCACAGGCAGCCGACGAGGCGACAGAGGCCAGUGAAGCCAAGGGUGCAGCUGCUGCCGAAGCAGAAACGCCGCAGGCCGAGGCAGCACUGGCGGUCGACGUGGCGCCCGAGGCCGACGAGGCGCCACAGGUCGUAGAGGAUGCGGCCGCCUCAGCCGACCAAGCAGAGUUGGAGAAACAGGCGACCGCGACAUCCGGCACAGUGGCCGCGACCAACCAGGCCGAAUCGGGACUUGUGGCCAAGGAGGCGUUGGAGGCCGACGCGGCGCCAGAGGCCGAGGUGACGGCAGCUGCGGACGAGGCCGACGUGGCGCUACAGGCCGCAACGGCCGAGGUGGCAGCCACGACCGAGCAGUCCGAGGCCGAGGCUGCAGCCGACGAGGCCAGCGCGGAGGCACUGGAGGCCGAGGCGCCACGGACGGCCGACGAGGCACAGAAGGCGGGCGAGGCGCGGGAGGCCGAGGCGGCGGCCAGAGCCGACGGCGCCGAGGCGGAAGCGCCGAAGGCUGCGGCGGCAGAGGCGGCGGCCACGGCCGAGGAGGCCGAGGCUGCGGCUGGAGCCGACGAGGCGGGGGCGGCUGCGCCGGAGGCCGAGGCAAUGCCCGCGGUCGACGAGGCGCAGAAGGCCGGGGCGGAGUCGUCAGAAGCUGCUGGGGAGGCAGAGGUGGUGGGGCUGGAGGGGCCGCUUAUCCUUGACGCCAUGGUGGUCAACGGCACGGGCGCCAACGGCACCUCUUUCCGCCGCAAGGUCUCCCACUCCCAUCCCCCAUGAUCCUCCCGCUGCCCUUCCGUUUCCUCAAUUCGGG